CUUGGGGGGAAAACAAUGUUUUCAGGGUUGAUUGUGCAUGGUCCCUCUGGUCCUGUGGUUGCUCCUCUGGGGUCCUCCGUGGUUUUGCCCUGUUCUGUUGAUGAACUUUUACCAGUGGAGGAUCUGGAGCUGGAAUGGAGAAGAGCAGACUCAGAGACUUUAGUUUAUCUUUAUCAGGACGGUGAGAGUCGAACAGAAGCCCAGCAGCAGGAUUAUCAGGAUAGAGCUCAUUUCUUCACUGAUCAGAUUCAACAUGGAAACUUCUCCCUCCGGCUGGACAAUCUGAGAGCUGAAGAUGAGGGACAGUAUAAAUGUAAAGUUUACAUUCAGCAAGAGUCCGGUGAGACUGUGGUUCAAAUAAAAGUUAAUGCUGAGCGUUUGAGAGUAUCAGGUUCAGAUCAGCACAUAUCUGCGUCUGUGGGUGAAGACGUCACUCUGAGCUGCUCUGUAGACUCUCACAUCCCACCUGAAGACUUUGAAGAGGUUUCAUGGAAGAAAACAGAUGAAGGUAUUCAGGUUCUGCUCUACCAAGACAAUGAGACACAUUCAUCAAAUGAGCGAUACAUAGACAGAGUUGAGCUCUUCCCUGCUGAAAUCUCCAAAGGAAACUUCUCUCUCAGACUGAAGAGCGUCAGAACUGAGGAUAAAGGAGUUUACAUGUGUGAGGUGUUUGCUGGAGGACUUUCAGCCAAUGCAACUGCAGUAUUGGAUCAACUGGGUGAGUAACAGGCUGGUCAUACU